AUGGCUUCGCUCACAUCCAAGUUCGCCAAUUUGAACCCCUUCUCCAAGUCGGCCCCCGAGGACGAGGAGGAGCUCGGCGACACCACCGACAACACCACCCUCGCCGGCGGUGGUCACGCCGCCCGCGACUCGGAACUCAAGCACCGCCUCCGCGUGAGCCGUGCUCUCCGAUCUUUCCUUGUUGACCAAGAGGUCCUCUCGUCAAAAGACGCAAACGUUGACUCGGACCAACCCAGCCCGGCGCUGCUGGCCCUUGUUGACAAGCCUCACAUCAGCGUGCCGCGCGAGCUUACUGAUAGAUCUCAUCCCCUCCCCGAGUACUUCAUCAGCUCCAGUCACAACACCUACCUCAUGGCCCACCAGCUCUUUGGGAGCUCUUCGGCAGAGGCCUACGAGGAGACUUUGCGUGCUGGUGCGCGCUGUGUCGAGAUUGACGCUUGGGACAAUCCUGACAACAAGGAGGAGCCCAAGGUCACCCACGGCUACACUCUGGUCUCCAAUAUCCCCUUCCGCACAGUAUGUGAGACCAUCCGCGAUGUCGUCGACGAAGAGGCCAAGGCACCCGAGCCGGCCGCACCGAUUCUGCUAUCUCUGGAGAAUCAUUGCAACCCCGAAGGCCAGCUGCGCCUUGUCCAGAUCAUGAGGGAGGUCUUCGAACACCGUCUUUUAAGCCAAGCCGUGCGAGAGAAGGGUCACGCUGAGCAGCACGGUCAGGGUGACCAUGUCCGUCUGGAAGAGCUGGGCAACAAGAUUGUCGUCAUCGUCGAGUACCAUUUCCCCGGCGAGCCCGACGACAGCAGCUCGAGCUCAAGCGACGAUGACGAAGAGGAGAAGAAAGCCCGCCAUGACUACAAUGCCAAGAAGAAGGAAGCCCCACCUUCCCUCAUCAUUCCGGAACUCGAAGAGCUUGGUGUAUACGCCCAGUCCGUCAAACCUGUCAACAACUCGUGGUACGAGGAGGUCCUGCAAGAGGCGCCGCACCACCACCUGAUCAACGUUUCCGAGUCUGGUCUGGCCUCCCACCUGCCGCAAGCCACCGAAAAGAUCUCCCGGCACAACGCUCAUCACCUCAUGAGGGUUUUCCCCAAGGGCACACGCAUCUCGUCCAACAACCUGCAUCCCGUCCCUUUCUGGGGUGUCGGUGCCCAGAUUUGCGCCCUCAACUGGCAGACUUUUGGUGCUUCAAUGCAGAUUAACGAGGCCCUUUUCAGUGGCUCCGAAGGUUUCAUCCUUAAGCCUGCCGAACUCCGACGAGGCGGAUCAGGCAAGCUCGGCAACGGUAGGAAGAAGAAGCUCAGGCUGCAUGUCGGUGGUGCAACGGACGUGCCCAUACCCUCCGGCCGCGACGACGACGAGACAAUCAAGCCUUACCUCACAUGUACGCUUGUUCAUCCCCACGACCUGGAGAUGAAGCCUCCCAAGAAGAAGACGGCGGGGUACAAGCAACACAAGCUCACAGGCUUCUUACACAAGGGAGAGAACCCCCCACCCACGGACCCGCUAUGGAACGAGGUUUUGGAAUGGGAAUAUCAGGACAACGAGCUGGUCUUCCUACGCAUGCUCAUCAAGAGCGACGACAGCUUCACGAGGAACCCAAUCCUGGCUGUUGGAGCGGUGCGGCUGCUAUACACCGUUCCUGGUUGGGUCUUCAUCCGGAUGCUGGAUCUAAAGGGAAGAGAGACUAAGUGUUCCAUCCUUGUUAAGUUUGAAUUCGUGGACGUCUGA